CAGAAAGUAGAAGAAGAAUAGAAGUAGGAGGAAUAAGAAGAAGAUAGAAAUGAAGACGUAUCAAAUUCAAGUGAUUUCCUCGUUGCAAGCUUCUUCUCCGAUUCAACAUUUCACCAGAGUAAAUCGUCGCUUCGGAGGAAUCCAAGAUCCAAGUUUACUGAUUGAGUACUCAAGACAAAGCAUGACUUCUAAAAGAAGAGGCAUUCAUAAUUACAAGCUUGUGGAACCAUAGUUAUAAGUUUUGAAAGGACUAGGGGCACCUAUGAUUCUUGAGAAUAAAGAAGAGUUCAAGAAGUCUUAUGGAAACCUCCUAGGAUUUCUGAAUACUGAAGUCAACACCACAUUUUUGCACACUCUUGUGCAAUUUUAUGAUCCUCCGCUGAGAUGUUUUACCUUUCAGGAUUAUCAGUUAGCACCUACUUUGGAAGAAUACUCUCAUAUUUUGGGUAUUGGAAUUAAGAACCGAGUUCCUUUUGUCUGCACUAAAGAGCUCCCGAAGUCUCAUAUCCUUGUUGAAGCCCUUCAUCUAGAGAAGAAAGAAGUAGAGCUGAAUCUUAAGCUUAAGGGUGGAAUUCAUGGUUUUACCUCGAAGUUUCUGGUAGAUAAGGGCACUACUUUUGUCGAUGCCAAAAGCUGGAUGGCUUUCAAUGUCGUUUUAUAUUUACUUAUCUAUGGGAUCAUAUUGUUUCCGAAUAUUGAAGACUUGGUGGAUCUGGUUGCUAUCAAUAUUUUUUGACCAUGAAUCAUGUUCCUAUUAUUCUUGUUGAUACUUACUACUCUAUCCAUGUAAGGACUCAGAAGAAGAAAGGAACCAUCGUAUGUUGUAUCCCUUUUUUGCAUAGAUGGUUUAUUUUGCAUCUACCCAGUAAAGUUCCUUUCAUUGAGAAUAAAGACAAUCUGAAGUGGUCUCAAAGGAUCAUGUCCUUGAAUGCUGAAGAUAUUUCCUGGUACUCUAGAAGUUACGUUAAUGUCAAACUCAUCCUUAGUUGUGGUGACUUCCCUAAUGUACCUCUUCUUGGUACAAAAGGUGGAAUCAACUACAAUCCGAGAUUGGCACUACAUCAGUUGGGAUACCCUAUGGUGGACAAGCCUAAUUCCAAGUAUGUGGAAGAUUUUGUCUUGUAUGAAGGGAUCGGCAAUCCAGAGUUACUCAAGAAGAUUAUAAAGGCUUGGGGAGAGAUAUGUAUUCAAGGAAGAGCUGAAAUGGGUAAGAAGAACUGCAUAGCCAAGGAAGCUUAUACCAUAUGGGUGAAGGAUAAGGUUAAAGAGAUAUUUUUGCCAUUUCCAUCAGAACCGUCUAUGAGCAUCAAGCCUACCGAAUUCAUUGUUAAUCCUAUCUCUGACGUUGACAAGUUGAAAGGAAUUAUCAAGGUAUUAGAGAAAGAUAACGCGGACCUCAGAUCUAAGCUUGGUAAGAUUUCAUUGGAGAAGGAGAACUUAAGGCUCAAUUUGAAUCGGAAGAGGGAUAAAGCAUUCCAAAUGGAUAAUGAGGUUCAAGCUGAGUUGUACAAGAGAAGAAAAAUAGGCGACACAUUGAAGGGAACUUGUGCUAGUCUAUCAGCUAAGAAGAAGCAGUUGGUAGAAACUCAAUAUCAAACCUGCAAAUUGGAGAUUUACUACAAGGAGCAAAUCAAGAAACUUCAAGACCAAUUGGAAGUUUACAAUAAGUGGUUGAAAGAUGAACAAAGCCAUGUCAAGCAUCUAGAGUUUACUCUUCAUCGACGCCAGAGUGAGCUAGACCGAAGGUUUGAAGAGAUUCGUGGAUUGAAGGAUCAAGCACAUAAGGAUCUAGAGAAUACUAACCUGCUCAAACAAGGGAAUGAUCAUUGGGUGAGGCACAAUGGAUAUAUUCAAAGUCUCCUGGACCAGAAGGAGACAUUUCUGAGAGAUCUUUUGGAUGCAUCUCAUCACACCUUAUUGCACAACCUUCUUAAGGAUGCACAAUACUGGAGGGAAAUGCAUGCACGCCUGACUCAGUUUGUAGAACAUGCCAUGGAAGACCUGCCAGAAUUGUUGAAGGAAGCCUUUGCUGUAGUGUUUCUACAUAAUGUUCCUUGGGCUAUAUUCCAUUUCAUCUAUGUUUGUAGGGUGAUCUUUGAUAGGUUAAAAUUGAGCUUAUUGUAGCCCGUCGAGCAGAUUCUUAAUUUGUAUUUGUACUCCAUUUCUGGAUAUUAAAUAAAAGAGUUUAUUUACUAUUGACUUCAUAUGUUGUCUCUGUCUUUAUGUUUUAUGAUUAUUUGUAUUAAUAAAUAAAACUCAAGG